AUGAGAAUCUUCACAGAUGGGAGUGCUAUUAAAAUACCAGUUGAAGUAAUCCAAAGGGGGACAACCCAGCCAGAUGAGGUCGCAACCACCAUCACCAUUGCAGCAACAGAGGAGAGGCAAAGAGAGGAGGAAGCAUCGAGUGCUGUAGGAGUGAUUAUUGAUCAAAGACACCAGUCAGAUGCACUGGAGUUUAAAACCCCCAGAAGGGUAGGCACAGACCGACAGGCGGCCGAGCUGUUUGGUAUCCUGAAAGUGAUUGAGUCAACCGACCAGAAUCAGGCGAUAAAAAUUGAACUGGCAUCAAAAGACACAGUGGAUUUAUUAUCGAAUAAAAUACAAGACGUCGAAGACAAGGGAUACUUGGGAAUUAAGAAUGCGGACAUCAUCAAGAAAGUGAUGACAGGAGCACGAAAACGGAAGAGGAAAACCUUUAUUCGGAUAAUAGACGAAGAAAACCAAGAAGCACAACGCAGGAGGCAAAAGGCACUAGAGAGCGCCAAGAGGGGCCUGAAAAAGGGUGAAGAGAUGGGACCGGAAAAUCAAGAUGACCCUCGGUACCGCCAAUCCGGGAUGAAGUUAGCUUCUAUGACACAAUCUUUAGCCUACAAGAUGAUUAGGGCACAAAAAAUGAAGAAUUACCAAAGACAAAACAGAACGAACCUGAACCUAGCUAAAGCAAAGGCAUCAAUGAAAACAACACACCACAAAAACCCAACAGAUAAAGAAAUAUGGAAAGGUAUCAGGAGCAAGGACUUCUCCAGAGCAGUCCGAUACUUCUUGAUGAUGACCACCCAUGAUGGGUACAUGGUAGGAUCAAACUGGGAAAGGCCCGGAUACAAGCCUGAGCUGCAAGCCAGAGCCAGAUGCCGUAAAUGUCAGAUAACAGAGACCAUGGAACACAUACUGACGGAAUGCCAAUGCACGGGCCAAGAGGUAAUCUGGAACCAGGCAAAAAUGCUAUGGGAAAUGAAAGGUUACCAAUGGAAAAAGCUAGACCUAGGAGACAUCCUCACCUGUGCCUUGCCUAGAUUUAAGAAAAACCGGAAUACUGUGGGAGACUCGAGAUUCUACAGAAUCCUAAUAUCGGAAUCGGCCAGACUGAUAUGGAUGAUUCGAAACGACAGGGUUAUAAAUGAGAGAACGGAUGAAGCUACAGAUAAAGAAGUACAAAAUAAGUGGGUCGAACUGAUGAACAGACGGCUCACUCUAGACCGGGACAUGAUGCACCAAAAGUUUGAGAAAAAAGCACUUUCAACAAAACUGGUACUGUCCACCUGGAAAUCGGUCCUUCUGAAUGAGGAAACUAUUGACGAGGAUUGGACCAAGAAAAAUAGCGAGGUUUUAGUGGGUAUUGCGCCGGCUUGA